UGCAAAGUGAGGCUGUGGAGUCCUGCUGCACUCACGGGGCGCAUGAAGGCUGGAGGACAGUCGCAAUACUUUUAUCCAAACUUUGUGAGCGUCACACUACCUCCCUCAGACACCAUGAGAGUCCUCCUCUUCAUCUGCAUGCCAGUCGUGCUGCUCGCCCAGGUUCCGUACCAGGAACCUUUUCCUUUCCUGGGGGACUACGAACCCGAUUAUUUCCCAGAGUCGGAAAAUGCAGAUUCUCUUCCUGAAAACUUCCAGCAGCAGGUUCUAAUCGACCCUGUGAUUCGUCCAGAAAAACCAGACGCCGGCUUGGAGACGGAGCCCACGGAGCCCGGCCCUCUCGAUUGCAGAGAGGAGCAGUACCCGUGCACCAGACUCUAUUCUGUGCACAAGCCGUGCAAGCAGUGCCUCAACACGCUCUGCUUUUACAGUUUGAGGCGGGUGUACGUCGUCAACAGGGAGGUGUGUGUGAGGACUGUGUGUGCGCACGAGGAGCUGCUCAGAGCGGACCUGUGUCGGGACCAGUUCUCCCGCUGUGGCGUGGCGGCGGUGAGCGGCCACUGCGGGUCGGUGGGAGGAAGCUGCGGGAAGAGCUGCGGCGGCGGGUGCUGAUGAUGUUGACGGCGGCGCUCCCACUCAUCCACCAGCCGUGUAUCUCUGCUCCUGGUUGUGUCGUAUAAUGUCCUGUACCUGUGCGGCGUAUGAGCCGGUGUGUAUGUUUGCCUAUACUCCAAAGAAGCUUGAUGAUUGUAUAAAUCACUGGUGCUAACAACCAUCACACUGGUGCUGCGUAUUCCACACGCCACGAGCUGCGCAGACUCCCACUUUUCUUUUGCAUACCGUCACCGUAUUAACCGCUUUUUACUUGUACUGUACUUCUUGUACUGUGGUGUACUUUUCCAAAAAGCAGUCCAAGCAGCCAAGAAGAUGACCUCAGCUUUUUCUACCAAAAUGCUUUGAGAAGGCUUCUCACAAGCGCUACUACUGCUUUGUUAAAGUCUCACCAGUAAGACUGAGGUGAUAAUAAAGUUGUUUGUUUUGUUUUUUUUUAAUUACA